GCAAAUUUUAUCUCUACAAAUUAAUGCAGCCAUUUUCACAUGACCUCAGCAUCUUCUCAUGGCUCCUCCAUGGGUUCAAGAGCUCCAUCUCAAUCACCUGAGCAUUCCUAUAACCAUUGCUAAAAUGAUUUCUGUCAUGCCAUCAAGGCCUAUUCCUGUUAAACCAGGUGACACUUUAUACCUUUCCAACCUCGAUGACAUGAUCGGAGCUCGUGUUUUUACGCCUACGGUGUACUUCUAUCAAUCUGAUAACACAAGUUUCUCCGAAAAACCUGUCACGAAAACACUGCAGUGUGCUCUGGCCGAUGUUCUGGUGCCUUAUUACCCUCUCUCAGGCAGGCUCAGAGAGACCAAGAAUGGUAAACUAGAAGUGUUUUUCGGACCAGAUCAAGGAGCACUCAUCGUCGAGGCGCGGUCUGAUAUCGCCUUGGCUGAAUUAGGAGACCUCACAGCUCCAAACCCAGAUUGGGAGCCGUUGAUCUUCAAGUUUCCCGACGAAGAACAAUACAAAGUCCUUGAAAUGCCACUGGUCAUUGCUCAGGUUACCCUUUUCCGCUGUGGUGGAUUUAGCCUUGGUUUGAGGCUGUGUCAUUGCAUCUGUGAUGGCAUGGGAGCUAUGCAGUUCCUAGGUGCAUGGGCUGCCACUGCAAGAACAGGAACACUAGUAACAGAUCCUGAGCCAUGUUGGGAUAGGGAAAUUUUUAAGCCUCGUGACCCUCCUGAGGUGAAAUUUCCCCACAUGGAGUUUAUGACAAUUGAAGAGGGAUCCAACCUGACCAUGUCACUAUGGCAAACCAAGCCUGUUCAAAAGUGUUACAGGAUCAAGCGCGAGUUCCAGAACCGCGUGAAGGAUCUUGCUCAGCCAUAUGAUGCUGCAGGCUGCACCACUUUUGAUGCCAUGGCAGCUCAUAUUUGGAGAUCCUGGGUGAAAGCUCUUGAUGUAAGGCCACUAGACUACCAACUUAGGCUAACAUUUUCGGUCAAUGCUCGGCAGAAGCUUCAAAACCCUCCACUGAGAGAAGGGUUUUAUGGAAAUGUGGUGUGUGUUGCUUGCACAGCAAGCAGUGUCUCAGAGCUUGUGCAUGGAAAGCUCCCACAGACUACCCUUUUGGUCCGCAAGGCGAGACAGAGUGUCUCGGAGGAGUAUUUGAGAUCCACAGUGGAUUUUGUUGAAGUAGAUAGGCCAAGGCAGCUUGAGUUUGGUGGUAAACUAACCAUAACUCAAUGGACUAGGUUCUCAAUUUACAAGUGUGCUGAUUUUGGGUGGGGUAAGCCACUCUAUGCUGGUCCCAUAGAUUUAACACCAACACCUCAAGUUUGUGUGUUUCUACCUGAAGGGGAAGCUGAUUGUACUUGUGGUUCUAUGAUUGUGUGCAUAUGCUUGCCUGAGUCUGCUGCACAGAAGUUCACACAAGCCUUGCUGUUGCUCGAUUCGGUUUCUUGACUCAAACCUUGCCUUAAUUCAACUGAUCAUACCUUAUGUUCCUACUGGGUUUAGUUCAUUAUGCUGUUAAUAAAAUGUCAAUGUUUAUGCAUUUUGAUAAUUAUAUUCACAUGUGAUUGAUCCUCGAGUGUUGUUGCCAGAUCGAUGUGAAAGUAGUCUGGUGCUAGUGCCAUCAUGUACUGGAGGUGAGAUUUCAAAGUUAUACAUAACUAGAUUUACACAUGUGCAUUGCACAACUGUCUUAAGUUAACUAUGACAAUAAGAAAUAUCA